GCGCGGCUCCCGCCCAACGGCAGCGGCCGGGGCGGCGAAGGGGACCGAACCCCGAGGGCGAGGCGCCGGCACCCGCUGCCGGCGAAAGUUAUGGGAAGCGCGGCCAUGGACGCCAAGAAGAAGAAAGAGGCCGGCGGCCCCGGAGGGAGCGGCGGGAAGAAGAACCCCGGCCCGAAGCGGCGGUCGCUGCGGGUGCACAUCCCGGACCUGAGUUCCUUUGCCAUGCCGCUCCUGGAUGGAGAGCUGGAGAGCGCGGAAAAGCAUUCCUCUCGCAAGGUGGACAGCCCCUUCAGCUCGGGCAGCCCUUCCCGGGUGCUCUUCUCCAGGGGACCCCAGCCCUCCAGCCCCGUGUCGGCUCCUGUGCGGCCCAAGACCAGCCCCGGCUCUCCCAAAACCGUGUUCCCGUUCUCCUACCAGGAGUCCCCGCCCCGCUCGCCACGGCGCAUGAGCUUCAGUGGCAUCUUCCGCUCCUCCUCCAAAGAAUCUUCUCCCAACUCUAACCCGUCCACCUCGCCCGGGGGCAUCAGGUUCUUCUCCCGCUCCAGAAAAACCUCCAGCGUCUCCUCAUCCCCAUCCACACCCACCCAAGUGACGAAGCAGCACACGUUUCCUCUCGAGUCUUACAAGCAGGAGCCCGAGCGCUUAGAAAACCGCAUCUAUGCCUCCUCUUCCCCGCCAGACCCCACCCAGCGCUUCUGCCUGGCCUUCCACAGCCCGACGCGGCCUCCACUGGCGUCCCCGACGCACCAGGCUUCCCCCAGAACCGUAAGUCUGGCUGCUGCUUUGUCUCCCUGUGAACUUGGAAUCCUUGACGAGUUCCCAAGGGAGCAGACUGAAGACUCAGAAAGUGGCGUUUACAUGCGAUUCAUGAGGUCCCACAAGUGCUACGAUAUCGUUCCGACCAGCUCCAAGCUCGUUGUCUUUGACACCACCUUACAAGUUAAAAAGGCCUUCUUUGCCUUGGUAGCUAACGGGGUCCGCGCAGCACCGCUGUGGGAGAGUAAAAAGCAGAGUUUUGUAGGAAUGCUAACAAUUACAGACUUCAUAAAUAUACUACAUAGAUAUUAUAAAUCACCUAUGGUACAGAUUUAUGAAUUAGAGGAGCAUAAGAUUGAAACAUGGAGGGAGCUAUAUUUACAAGAAACAUUUAAGCCUUUAGUGAAUAUAUCUCCAGAUGCAAGCCUCUUCGAUGCUGUAUACUCGUUGAUCAAAAACAAAAUCCACAGAUUGCCAGUUAUUGAUCCUAUCAGUGGAAAUGCACUUUAUAUUCUUACCCACAAAAGAAUCCUCAAGUUCCUCCAGCUUUUUAUGUCUGACAUGCCAAAGCCCUCCUUCAUGAAGCAGAACCUGGACGAGCUUGGCAUAGGCACGUACCACAACAUCGCCUUCAUCCACCCGGACACACCCAUCAUCAAGGCCUUGAACAUCUUUGUGGAGAGACGGAUAUCAGCCUUGCCCGUGGUGGACGAGUCAGGAAAAGUUGUAGAUAUUUAUUCCAAAUUUGAUGUGAUUAACCUGCUUUUCUCCUCUGUGCAGGUGCAUCGGCUGGUGGUGGUAAAUGAAGCAGACAGCAUUGUGGGGAUUAUCUCCCUCUCUGACAUUCUGCAGGCUCUGAUCCUCACGCCAGCAGGUGCCAAACAGAAGGAGCCGGAGACGGAAUGAGAACCGUGCGCGUCCGCUCUCCUAGGAGAACUUGAACACACUUUUUCUGGGUCACGUUUUGCCUCAUGAACACUGGCUGCAAUAGAAGAGAAUAAAGUGGCUAAGAAUGUAUUAGCAGGGGUUAGUGAUGGGUAUUUUUUUCUCCAGUGAUGUCAGCUUAAAAAAGAACGAUUUUGUGUGCUUGCAGCUUUCAGGCUUGCAUUAAAAGACAGUUUUCAGACCUUCGUCUGAAGGAUUUUAAAUGCUGUAUGUCAUUAAAGCCCACUGUGUCCUGAA